GGCUGCACACCCGGCUGCUGGUACUCUGCUACCCUCGGCUCCCAGGCUGUUCGAGUUGACAGCAAGUGUGUCAGGAUUUGUGUCCCUGGGAAGUGAGUCGUCUUUGUGGUCAACCCAUUGAAGACAUGGAUUUGGAUCAGUUGGACCUGAAUCCGAGAAUUAUUGCUGCAAUUAAGAAAGCCAAACUGAAAUCAGUAAAGGAGGUUUUGCAUUUUUCUGGACCAGACUUGCAGAGACUGACAGGCCUUUCUGGCCCUGACGUGCAGCACUUGCUGAGAACGGCCUCCUCGCACCUGCGGGGAAGCAGCGUCUUGACAGCGCUCCACCUGUUCCGGCAGAAGGAGAGCUUCCCCGCACAGCACCAGCGCCUGAGCCUGGGCUGCCCCGUGCUGGACGGGCUCCUCCGAGGCGGCCUGCCCCUGGACGGCAUCACCGAGCUGGCCGGCCGUAGCUCCGCCGGGAAGACCCAGCUGGCGCUGCAGCUCUGCCUGGCCGUGCAGCUCCCGCGGCGGCACGGGGGCCUGGAGGCCGGGGCUGUCUACGUGUGCACCGAAGACGUCUUCCCGAACAAGCGUCUGCAGCAGCUCAUCGCGCAGCAGCCUUGCCUGCGCACAGACAUCCCGGGAGAGAUGGUCAGGAAGAUCAGAUUUGGCAACCAGAUCUUCAUCGAGCAUGCAGCCGACGUGGACACCCUGCUGGACUGUGUGAGUAAGAAGGUGCCCGUGCUGCUGUCUCGGGGGAUGGUGCGCCUAGUGGUCAUCGACUCCGUGGCGGCCCCAUUCCGCUGUGAGUUUGAUGGCCCGGCCUCGGCCCCCAGGGCCAGGUGUUUGCAGGCACUCGGGGCCACGCUGCGCCAGCUGAGCUACACCUUCCAGAGCCCAGUGCUGUGUGUCAACCAGGUGACGGAGGCUGUAGAGGAGCGCGGCAAGGUGCCUGGGCCACCAGGACACUGGGAUGAGCGGACUUCUCCGGCCCUCGGAAUAACCUGGUCUAACCAGCUCUUAAUGAGGCUGAUGGUCGAUCGGCACCGCCCCGAGGAGGCUGUCCUCACCCCACCUGGCCACCCCGCCCGCACUCUGAGGGUGGUCUUCGCCCCUCACCUGCCCCCCUCGUCCUGUUCCUACACAGUCAAUGCCGAGGGCGUGCGAGGGACGCCUGGGACCGAGGCCUGCUGACACGGCAAGUGCCCGACACCGGCCAGGUCCCGGCAGAGCCUUCCAUACUCCGCGGAUGCAGGGGAUUGAUGUCUUUGAGUCAGCACACCCGUCACUGGAUUAGU